GUCGGCUCAUGCAUUAUCUUGUAGCCAUCUGUGCAUGUAAUCAACACCCCUCAUAACUUGGAUCAGUAAAUAACUACCCCGAUUCGUACCUCACGAUACUCGACACAUGGUCCAUUAUCCAUCGGUAACAGCCAGUCAAUUCGAUCACUCCAAUCACCAUGGGUUCCGUCCUAUCCACCAUCCAAGGCACCAUCUUCACCGUGUCGUCCAUCAUCAGGACCCUCUCGAGCCUCAAUACGCAGUUCUCGUCGCUCCUCAGCAGGGCCACUUCUCCGCCUGGUCUCCCGGUGCCAAAUCCAACGUCUUCAUAUUGGCUCGACGACCCACCGUUCCCCGCGCUGUGCCACAUCCAGGGUGAGCUGCCAGAAGAGGCAGAUGUCGUCAUUAUCGGGAGUGGAAUCGCUGGUGCCUCUGUGGCCAAGACCCUUCUUGAGCUUUCUGGCCAGGAUAAGGCCCCGUUAAAUGUAGUCGUCUGCGAGGCGAGGCAGCUGUGCAGCGGCGCGACGGGGCGCAAUGGCGGGCAUAUCAAGAGCACGCCCUACGAGGUGUUCUCAGCGUUCAAGUCCAAGUUUGGUCCUCGGCGGGCGAGGGAAUUGGUUAGGUUUCAGAUGAGACACUUGCCGACGCUGUUGGAGGUCGGGGCGGCGGUGCCGGUGGGUGAGGUGCGAGAGGUGCGGACGGUGGAUUUGUUCAUCGAGCAAAAGGACCUUGAUAAGGCGAGGUGCGAUGUUGAAAAGUUGAAGGAGUGGGUUCCGGAGGUCGAGUGUCAGGUCUGGGAUGCUGAGGGCGCGAGAGAGGAGUUUGGUGUCAACAAGUCCAUCGCCGGGGCGGUAUCGUAUCAGGCUGGGGCUCUCUGGCCAUAUCGACUUGUUACUGGGGUGUGGAACGACUUGCUCCAACGGUUUCCAAGCCUGACUAUCAGCACGCACACCGCAGUUGAAGCUGUUGACCACGCUCCGUCCUCCUCUUAUCCCUACUCUGUCAAGACGUCUCGUGGCACCAUCAAAGCUCGGCAUGUCAUUCAUAGUACCAAUGCUUUUGCGCCCCAGCUCAUUCCCUCCUUACGAGGCACUCUCACUGGUGCCCUCGCACAUAUGUCGGCGCAGCGCCCGGGGGCGGCAUUCCCAGCAUCACACGGCCAGCUCUCGUGGUCCAUCGUCUACAGCCCAGGGUUCGACUACGUCACUCAGCGCCCAGAUGGCGAAGACGGCACCCCGGGAGACCUGAUGAUAGGCGGAGGUUUCUUCCGAAGCUGCGAGCAGGCGCUGGACCAGAUAGGCGUGUGGGACGACUCGCGGAUGGAUGCACUGCCGGGGAUGCACAUCCGGGGCGUGAUGCCGACGACGUUUGAGCCGCGGUGGGGGGAGGGCAGUGUGGUGAAGAAGGCUUGGACGGGGAUAUUGGGCUUCACGGGGGAUCUGAUGCCCUUUGUCGGCCGAGUCCCGGGGUCCGUUACACAGGAGGGCUCUGGAGAAUGGAUCGCAGCGGGCUUCAACGGCGAGGGAAUGGUAUGGGCGUGGCUUUCCGGGACGGCUUUGGCGGUCAUGGUGCUGGGAAAGGAGGAUGAAGAGCUCGAUAAGGGGGCUGGACGGCCGGGUGGGAAGUUGACUGAGUGGUUUCCACAGGAGGAGUUGAAGGUUGAUCGGGAGAGGUUGAAGAGAGCGGCUUUGCAGCACCUGGCUGAUGGCAUUUGAUUACGAUUCUGAUUUAGCGGUUGAGUCUGGUGAUAGAUGGCCUUUUGCACCAGGACAGAAACUCGUUGGUGGGCAGCUGUCAGCCACUUACAGCCGUGGUGAUUCAUCCCCGUCAGCUGGCAGCCAGUCUGUUGACGCGGUCUCUACUCGCCUUGAAUAAACAAACCGACCUCCC